AUGGUUCAUCAACACGGAGAUCACCACGACAUUUCAGACGACCACAAAGUCGUGAAGGCUGGUGCUUGGCUCCCAGCCGAUCACCGUAUCCAUCAAGAGUGGUUAGGAAACCAAGUCGAACAUGUCAAGCAUAACAAGAAGCCUCUGAUCCCUGUCCUGCAAGAGUUCAAGGACUUCAUCGAAGGCAAUACCCGCGUCUACAUGCUCUUUGUAGCAAUGUUUGAGGAAGUUCCUGUCAAGCACCCAUACAACAAGGAUCCCACUGGACGCAAGCAAGUUCGUGAUUAUCACCACUUGCUCGAAGUCCUCAACCACACUUUCUCCACUGCACCAACAUGGAUCGAUGCCGCCGCCAAUGUCGGCAUGGUCGGUGUGCCCAUGUGUGCAAUUCUUGACUACCCAAUGGGCACUCCCUCUGGAUAUGCAGCUUUCUUAGAUCCUGAUGUGAACAGAAUGUUGAAGAAGGUUCUCAACGAAUGGGGUAAAUUUCUCACAUCCCCAAAAUCAGCCGAAGUCCUCCACGACAGCAAACACGGCUGGCUAGGACCCGUCGGCAAAAAAGACAUGAUGGAAGUCGCCAACGCCCCUUACCAGACCUCGCACACAUUCGAAGACUUCUUCGAAUGCCCAGACCCCAAAGCCAAACACCACGGCUACAAAUCCUGGGACGACUUCUUCACACGUCGCUUCAAAGACGAAGUCCGCCCCAUCGCCUCCCCCAAAGACGACAACAUCAUCGCCAACGCCUGCGAAAGCAAAGUCUUCAACGUCGCCCACAACGUAAAACUCCGCGACCACUUCUGGAUCAAAGGCCAACCCUACUCCGUCCGCGACAUGCUCGCCCACGACCCUCUCGCAGAAGAAUUCGCCGGAGGAACCGUCUACCAAGCCUUCCUCUCCGCCCUCUCCUACCACCGCUGGCACGCCCCGGUCUCAGGAAAAAUCCUAAAAGCCUUCGUCCAAGACGGAACAUAUUUCUCCGAACCGUUAUUCGAAGGACUCGGGCAACCCGGCACGCUGGAAAUCAACGCGGAAGGCAUCAGUGUCGGACAAGGAUUUUUGACUGCGUUGGCCACGCGUGCCAUCAUUUUCAUCGAGGCGGAUAACCCUGCGAUUGGCCUUAUGGCGUUUAUUGGCGUGGGGAUGGAUGAGGUGAGUACGUGUGAGAUUACGGUUAAGGAGGGGGAGCGGGUGGAGAAGGGGCAGGAGACGGGGAUGUUUCAUUUUGGGGGGAGUUCGCAUUGUUUGCUUUUUCGGAAGCAUGUGAAGGUUGAAGGGUUCCCGCAACCUGGGAGGAAGGAGAAUGUGCCGGUUAGGAGUCAGGUUGCGGUUGUUAAGGCGUAG